CACUUGGGCGUUGUAUCUAGCAUCUCAUUAUCAAAAGAGAACAAUUUCAUUAUCUCCAUCUCGUAUCCCAAAAUAAUAUAUUUUAUUUGAGAGAGUGCUAUAAUUAGUGUCUUUUCCCGAUCAGUUGAUCACAGCUUUACCUCUCGUAAUCUUUUUUCCGCGGUUUUAUUUGAAAACCGACGCUCUUGAGAGCGAGCACGCGACGCGUCUGAGGGAGAAGCUCGCGCUCUUUGUUCAUUCAUUUGAUCUGCGAUUCUUUGUUGCGUGUGAAAGCAUGGGAGCGCAAAUCUCCAAAAACGGAGCAAAAGACGAGACUGCUGCCGAAAAACCAGCCGAGGCUGCGAAUAAAUCAAACGGGCAGGAGAAUGGCCAUGCUAAAACCAAUGGGAAUGCCUCUCCAAAUGCAGAAGCAGCCACAGAGGACGUGCAGGCCAAUGGAAAGCACUCUGCCGAUGGGGAGGUAAAAGCAGAGGAAGGAAAGGCUGAGGAAGGAGGCGCAGAGAAGGCCGCUCCUGAGGGCGAAGCGGAGAGUUCCGCCGUUGCAAAUGGCGAAGACACGGCCAAAACAGAAGAAAACGGUUCUGCUUCGGCGAGCAGUGAGCCUGCCAAAACCAAAAAGCGUUUCUCCUUUAAGAAACCGUUCAAACUUAGCGGCUUCUCCUUUAAGAAGAGCGCCAAAAAGGAUGCUGAAGGCGGAGAGGCGGCAGCAGCUGUGGAGAACGGUGAGCAAAAGAAGGAUGCUGAACCUGAAUCUGAGGAGGCCAAGCCUGAGGCCUCCAGCGAAGAGAACAAGACGGAGGCUCCAGCUGAGGAACCGAAAGCUGAGGAGGAACCAGCUGAAAACAAAGAGGAAAAACCAUCCAGUGAGGUAGCCGAAGAGAAGCCAGCUGAGGAGAAGCAAGCAGAGGCUGCUCCUCAGGAACCAGCGGCCACAGAGAGCUCAGAUGCCCCGGCCGCCCCAGCUGCUGCCACAGAGUAAGAUGGAGGUGAAAAGCCCGUUUUAGAUGAAGUCCGAGGAGCACAAACAUGGAAAAUUUGUACAAAAACCAAUGACAUUUCAAACCUUCUGUUUUCUCCCAUACUUUCAUCCAUUCCUGUUCCAUCCACUACAUUGUAUAUGGCAUUUUGAAGGAAGGAAGUUGGAUGGAAUGAUUGGAAGUGAAAGGCACAUUUUCCCCCAUGUUUUUCAUAAUUUUUUUGUAGCAGUUGUGUAAGUUGUGUGGGUGUGUGUGCGCAUGAGUGAGAUUAAUAGAGCAUUGCUUGUUUCAAUUGUUUUUUUUUUUGGGUUCAUUUUCUUUUGUAGGUGAACUGUGUUAGUGUCAUAAGGACAUUGAGUUGAAAUGUUAGUUGAAGGUACUGGUGCCAUACAAUUGGGUAAAUCAAGCUUGUGGAAAAAGGAGCUAUCAGAAACAACACCAUUGAACAAUUUACAGAUGUUAUUUGUCAGUUCUCAUUUGAUUUUACUGUCAUCAUUACAUGAAUCACUAAAACAGGUGCUCAAAACCUCAGCAGCUGCAUUGUGCAAUACCGCAGCAUUAUGUAUUGGUAUUGGCUUUUGUCAUUGCUGGAUUUUACGAUGUUGAAAAUGGCUUUAUCAUGUUCUCUUUCUCAAUAUCAAUGGUAUCAAUUGAAGUUUUUUUUUUCCUCUUUCUGGAAAUACUCCUGUUUCAAUGAGAAUGAUGUUCUGAAAUGUUUAACAUCAAAACAUUUGACCUGUCGUGUAAUGCAGUCCAAGUAAUUUUUAUUCCAGCAGAGUUCCACAAAUGUUUGAAAAAUUGCCGGUGCAAUCGUCAAGUAGAUUUUUUUUCUUUUUUUUUUUUUCCUGUAAAUACUUCAGCACCAUCUCUACUUGAUUUUUAAAUGGAAUGUAACUGCGUGCAAAUCGUUCACAAUGCUUCUUUUACCCCUUCAUUUUAGGGGCACUCAAAACAAAAAUAAAGGAUUUAGACAGACAA